GCUUUGUAAACAAAACCUUUUUGUUUUGGUCGGAGACAGAAAAGAAGCUAAAGACCUGAGACACCCAUCUUAUUGGGUCCAUCGGCGAUUCCACGGCGACGGCGGUCAUCUCACUCCCGAACCAUCCACCGUUAGGUUGCCGUUCUUUGAUUCAUUGAAUGAGGAGGAGACCUGGUAUUGGUGGUCUGCAGAAUGCUGCUGCUGCUAGGGACCAAUAUCGGGCGCUGGGCCAGAAUGUUGCCCAGAUUAGAACUGAUCUUAUGAAGGAACAGCUCGCCACUUUCAAAAGCCAAUUAGAAGAUUUUGCUCGCAAACACAAGAAUGACAUUCGCAAGAAUCCUGCUUUUAGAUCACAAUUUCAUGAUAUGUGCACUAAGGUUGGAGUAGACCCCUUAGCCUCCAACAAGGGUUUCUGGGCAGAGCUUUUGGGAAUUGGUGACUUUUAUUACGAACUUGGAGUGCAAAUUGUUGAUAUCUGCUUAGCAACAAGACCCCACAAUGGAGGCUUGAUCAACCUGCAGGAACUCUGCAAUUUGCUUCGUCAAAGACGAAAGAAUGAUCGUGAAGCUGUUUCUGAGGAUGAUUGCCUGCGUGCUAUAAGUAAGCUGAAGGUAUUGGGUAAUGGUUUUGAGGUUAUUUCUGUUGGAAAGAGGAAGCUUGUCCGGUCUGUUCCAACUGAGUUGAACAAAGACCAUAAUGAAAUUUUAGAGCUUGCCCAGUCUCAAGGCUUUGUGACUGUUGAUGAGGUAGAGAGACGGCUAUCUUGGACCAGUGGCCGUGCAAUUGAUGCCCUUGACACUUUACUAGAUGAGGGUCUUGCUCUAAUUGAUGAUGGCCACAAAGAUGGUAGACGCCGAUAUUGGUUCCCUUGCGUAUCUUCCAUCUCUACCCUUGUUGGAGCUGACACUUGACAAAUGAGAUCUCAACAUACUGGAGUUUAAUAGAAUCAUUUGUAAAACUGACUCAUUUGUGGCUCCCUUUGUAAUACGAGUUUGUUAAACAGGGCAACAGACUAAUGAUGUUCAAUGCCAUUCAUCUUAUAAGAGGAGUUUGCUACAUUUCUCACAACUCAGUCUCCCCAAUUUCCACCUCAAUUUGAGUUGUGGUUUAUUAGUAAGUGUUUGAAGAACACUUAUGUGGA